AUGGAGCACAACGGUAACAUGCGAUGGAUGCUUUGGUUCGCGAUAGCGUUGACUGCACUACAUCUAGCAAAUGCUCAAUUCCGCUCGCCGCGAAUAAUCGAAAACCCGAGUGACACAAUCGUCCCGAAAAACGAUCCCGUGACGCUGAACUGCAAGGCCGAGGGCAAACCGCAGCCGGUCAUCCAAUGGUACAAAGACGGCGACGAGGUUAAGCUGGACGCGAACCACGUCCUGCUACCGGCGGGAUCGUUGUUCUUCCUGCGCACCGUCCACAGCAAGAAGGAGCAGGACGACGGGGUCUACUGGUGCGUCGCCAGCAAUCCGGCCGGCAAAGUAUACAGCCGGAAUGCAACACUGCAGGUGGCAACACUUCGAGACGAUUUCCGUGUGGAACCGAAAAACACACGAGUGGCAGCGGGCGAAACUGCCCUGCUGGAAUGCAGUCCACCCCGUGGCAAUCCGGAACCCAGCGUCAGCUGGAAAAAGAACGACGUUUUUCUGGAGCUGGACGAUUAUCGCCCUUCGAAGGAGCUGGCCAGGAUACGGAUCGUUGACAGUGGGAAUCUUCUGAUCAGCGACGUUCGGCCCGCGGACGAAGGGCGUUACCAGUGCAUCGCACAAAAUAUGGUUGGCUCCAGGGAGAGUGGGCUCGCCAAAUUAACUGUGCAGGUCAAACCAUACUUCGUGGCCGAGCCGGUCGAUGCGACGGUGCUCGAGGGCCACCGGGUCCAGUUCCAGUGCGCCGUCGGUGGCGAUCCCGCGCCGCAGAUACUUUGGAUCAAACAGAACGGCCACAUACCGGUCGGGCGGGCCGAAAUUUCCGAGGAGGACAAGAGUCUCAUCAUCCGCAACGUGACCGCAGACGACCACGGGCAGUACAUCUGCGAGGCACGAAACUCCGUCGGUGUCAUCAGUGCCCGCGCCAGCCUCACCGUCAACACUCCACCCGUGUUCACCGUCCGACCACAGGAUCAGAAAGUCGUCGUCAACAGUGUCGUGACGUUCAAGUGUUCGGCUGCCGGUAGCCCGCUGCCGUCGGUGUUCUGGACGCGCGAGGGCUCGCAGACGCUAAUGUUCCCGAACAACAGCUACGGCAAUAUGGCCGUAACUGGGCAGGGCUCGCUGCAAAUCCACGGUGUGCAGCGCGAGGACGACGGUUACUUUGUCUGCUCCGCACUCAGCGUGGCGGGAUCGGUUACGAGUCGAGUUUAUUUGCAGGUUACUUCACCGAUUGACAGUAUUCCGCCACCGGUGCUUCAGCAAGUUCCAUCGAAUCAAAGCCUACCGGCGGGUACCAAGGCAACUCUUCCCUGCCGAACUACCCCAUCGGAUACUACGACAGUGCCAAAAUGGGAACGUGACGGAAGCACCCUUCAGACUGGAUUGGGAAAGCGUUAUAAACUUUUACCCGGCGGAACACUGAGGAUAGAUGACUUGCAAACUGAGGACAGCGGCUGGUAUAAAUGCAUGGUAAAGCUGGAUGACCAUGAGUACUCUUGGUCAGCGUUUUUAAACGUUGAUAACAAUCUACCGCCGCAAUCGCAACAGCUAUUCAAUCCGGAGCUCUUACCCUCGGCCCCCGGUCAACCGAAAGCGGCCAACAUCACCAACACAAACGUGACGCUCAUAUGGGCCCGCGGGCAGGACAAGCUGCGUACGAAUGCGAUCGCCAGCUACACGAUCGAGUAUCACAGCACGGAGGAUCGUGAGGUAGACGCCGGUUGGAAGAUCGCAUUGCGGCAGAUUGCCGGCAACACGGCCACGGUGACCGGCCUGUCGCCGGAAACCGGAUACAUCUUCUCGGUGCGUGCGGAAAACGGUAUGGGCUUCUCGGCGCCCUCGCCCGUCUCGACACUGAUCCGCACGCUAUCGUCGGACGAUCGGGUCACCAUUCCGGAGGAGAUGGAAACGGCGCGGAUGGUGCUGAGUGGAAAGAUUUUGGAACUGAUCGAUAUCAUCGCACUCACGUCGACGUCGGUGCGGCUCGAGUGGCAGCUGCAGAUUGGCGGCUCGGAGGAGUACAUCGAAGGGUUCUACGUGCGCUACCGCGAUCUGGACAGCGACGUCCAGCGGUACAGCAUGCUGCCGAUACCGAACAGCGAGACCGAGAGCCACAUCAUAACGAACCUCAACAAGUACACCCGGUACGAGUUCUUCCUGACGCCGUACUUCAAAAAUCUGGAAGGGCAGCCGAGCAACGCGCGGAUCGUACGCACGCUCGAGGACAUGCCGACGGGGCCGCCGACGAGCAUUCAGGCCGGCAUGUUGAACCUAACGGCCGGCUGGGUGCGAUGGAGUGCGCCGCUUCGCGAGCACCAGCACGGGGCAGUAGUCGGGUACAAGAUCCAGGUGAAGUCGGGUAACAACGCCUCGAAGCUGCUGGCCCAGAUGACGCUGAACGCGACGACCACCUCGGUGAUGCUGAACAACCUGACGACCGGCGCGAGCUACACGAUUCGCGUGGCCAUGUUCAACCGGCUCGGCAUGGGCCCGUUCUCCAAGCCGCUCUUCCUCGUUAUGGACCCGUCGUUCGUGAUCGUGCCGCAGGGCGUGCACAACAGCAACCAUCAUUUCGGCGACUACGACCUGAGCGACCGGCGGCAUCCACAGCAUCCGCAGCACGGUCAAAGCUUCCUGCACGAGACGUGGUUUAUGAUCUUUGUCGUGUUUACGCUGUUGGUCGUACUCAUCGUAACUAUCGUUGCGGGGGUGAUGAUCUUCCGGCGCCGGCAAAGCCUCGGCAAACCGGUCGUUACCGUGCCGACACUCGGUGCCCGCCGGGGGGACAUAGCGAGCCUCAGCAUGUCGCGCAAGGACGGUAUCUGGAUCGAUCGUGGCUGGCGGACGUGCGAUACGGACAAAGACUCCGGUCUCAGCUCGAUCAAGCUGUUGGAGGGCACCCAGACGCAUCACACGUAUCCUCUGCCGGACGGCGGUACCGACUACGCGGAGGUAGAUCCUCGCGGUCUGACAUCUUUCUACAAUCGAAAGUCCCCGGAAAGCCCGACGCCGUACGCAACCACGAUGAUCAUCAAUGGUAUACCGCGCAGCGAAAACGGCGAUCUCGGCUAUCAGGGUCACGAUACCUUCUCAUCUACAUCAUCCAGCUUCCGAUCAUUCUACGGCUAUCCAAGGCCACCGAACGCUAACAAUGUUCCACCGAACUGGGUCGACUAUCUUCCGCCACCGCCGGAGCAUCCUCCCCCGGUACCGCAGCCGCUGGAUAUCAAUCAUCAUCUCAGCCACGUCUACCCGUCCGAGCUGGUUGGGACGCUGAACAGUUCGCAAACCUCGAGCUACUGUUCCCGCCGGACCAGCGGGUACAAGUGAGAUCCGGUGCCACGCUUUGGCUGGUAGGCAGUACCAAUACCACCAAAACAAACCAACUAACGAACAAAAAUGCAAAACAAAUACGAAACCACACCACACCUCAGGACGACGCGAUCGCUGUCACCAACCGAACGUGUUUCGGACGGUGGCACGCUGACGCGAUCGAGUCCACACUCGGGCGCCACCUCUCGCCAUAUCACGGUGGCCCCGCCGUACAGUAGUGGGUACGGCGGGCCUGGGGCACAUCCAAUCAUGGCCGUCCUGGCGAUGACACCGUUCAGAUAUAGGAAGACGCAAAAGUGUUCAAUUUUUGUGGACGGUUUCACCCCGGGCGCGUUCCCGUGUCCCAGACGACCGACGAUAGAAGAUCCUCAUGGGAUUUAUCGUUCAAUGUAGAACUUCUCCGGAUUGGUGUAUUCCCGUCCGAACGGGAAUUUAUCCUUCGAAGAAGGUAGUGCAACUGGCUCUUAUCAAUUCUGGCCACGACGACGACCUCUGGUGGACAAAGAUUUCGGAGUCAAGCCGCCAAAAGAAACUGCUUCGACGUGGAAGAGAUAUCAGUGAACAAAAUAAGUUUAUCACAUCCCGCGAGACGCUAAUGUAGACGUGUAUCCGGACACGACUUCGUAGUUUUUAGAUGGUAGUGAUGAAUAUAAAUUAUAUUUUUUCUAUG